AAUGUUUGGAUAGGUGGUGCAUAAAUUCCAAAGAAACUAGAAUCAUCUGUUAAGCAAAUUCCUCAGAGCUGGUAAUAGGUAAUUUAAUAAAUGGGAUGUAGAUCCAAUCCAUUUGAGAAUACAUUAACCAUCCUUGAAGACCCUGCUCAACAUAGAAAACUAUAUCUUAUUGGAUCAACACAUGCUUCAACUAUGUUGGCCUAUAGAACAUAAAAAUUGAUUAAUGAAGUCAAACCAGAUAGUGUCUAUGUGUAAACAAAUGAAGAAUGGUGGAAUAUUGUUAAAAAUAUUGAAGGAGUCACAUCUCAAUCAGAAUUGAAUGUCUAUAAUGAUGUAUUAAGAGGGGCUUAUAAAUGGGAAUUGGAAUCUGGAGUCAGAAAUUUCAGAAAUACAGUCUUUUGGGCAAGACUUUACUCAUGGUUAGGUUUAAUGUAAUUUUUGAAAGGUAAAUAAUAUCUAUUAAUAAUUAAUUUUAGCAUUCAAUAGUGAUUUCCAUCCAUUCAUUCCAGGCUUAGAAGUCAAAUAUGCUAUUGAAUAAGCUCGUGCUUAAGGUGCUAAUGUUAUCUUUGGUGGUUUGGAAAUCUCUAAUGAUGAUCUAUUGUCAUUAAAAGUAUAUUAUUUUUUAUAUAAUAUAUUUUAGACUGAACCAAGAUUUGAUCCAUUAAGUGUUUCUUUGAAUUUCCUUAAACUUCUUAGUCAAAUCAGAUGGAGAAGAGAAAGAUAGGAUUUAGCCUUUUAAUUGGCAGUUCUUGGAGGAGAAUAAUUUGCUGAAUCAAUUGAUAAAUAUAGAGCAUCAUGGUUUGUUAAACUUUUUGAGAAAUUGAGUCCUCAUUAAAAGAAAAUAUUGAUUGAUAGAAAGGAUAUUGAGAUUUUUGAAACUCUUUACAGACAUACUCCAGGAAAAACAAUUGUAGCAGUUGUUAAUCAAUGGCAUACUAUGGGUAUUGAAUCUCAUUGGAGACAUACUACUAAGACUUAAAUUAAUACUGAGCCUAUUAAUCCAAUUGGAGAUAUGGAUUUGGAAGCUCUUAAUGAAGAUUUAGUGGUGAACGACUUCUUAAGAUAAUUUACUUCAAGACUUACUAAAAGUGAACCAGCAUCUACAAGAGCAUAUAUCACAUAAUAUUAUAAGGAUGUAUUCGAAUAUGAAAGAUGUAAUAUUUAUAAAUUUAUUAAUUAAUUAUAGUCAGACAUGUUGAAUUUGAUGGUCAUAGUGAUCCUCAUUAAUUCCAUGGAGGUAGUCCAUUUGAAGGAGGUUAUUAACAUCAUCAUCCAUAAUUACCUGCUGAUGUAAGAAAGUAAAUUGAAGAAAAUUGGAAGAAAUAAUAUGCCCAUCAUCAUGAACACCAUUGAA